ACAACGACAACAGCCUGUGGGGGCAAUGGCGUUUAGCAUUUCCAAGCCGCUUUCAGUGUGAUUUGAACAGGCAAAGGCAGGCACACAGUCGUUAAGCGCGUUAUUCAACUCCAACCGAUUAAUAUAAGACAGCAGAGCUUUCUAAAUCGUCAUUUGCAGCCAUGGAACCGAAGUUUAUUCUCGGACUCUUGGUGCUAUUUAUUGGGGAAAGGCGACAGGCUUACGCACAAGAAAUCUUCGGGUAUUGCACAACGCCCGAUGAGAACAGUGGGACCUGCAUUAAUCUCAGGGAAUGCGGAUAUCUGUUUGAUCUGGUACAAAGGGGAUCUGUUUCGACCGAGAGCCGCCAAUUCCUCCAGAACAGUCAAUGCGGGUAUCGCAGUGGACAAGUCCUCAUUUGCUGUGCAAACAACCGGAGACUCAACCAGCAGCCGGUGUGGGGAAAUCAGGGUCAAACGCAGCAGCCCACCACCCCUCGAGUUUUUACUUCGAACCUGCUCCCCCAGCCACCCAAUUGUGGGGAGAAUUUCAAUGAUCGCGUGGUAGGCGGCGUGGAAACGGGCAAAAGGGAGUUUCCUUGGAUGGUGCUAAUCGAGUACACGAAACCCGGAAACGUCAAAGGCCACCACUGUGGGGGCUCGCUGAUCAACAAUCGCUAUGUAAUCACGGCGGCGCACUGCGUUUCCGCCAUUCCAAGUGACUGGCAGCUGACGGGCGUGCGUUUGGGAGAGUGGGAUACGACCACUAAUCCAGACUGCACAACCGAGAAGAACGGCCGAAGCGACUGUAAUGCACGCUUCGUGGACAACGCCGUGGUUGAGCUAAUACCUCAUCCGCAGUACCCAGGCAACGCACGGGACCAGCUGCACGACAUUGCGCUGCUGCGGCUGAGAGACCCAGUCGCAUAUACAGAGUUCAUUUCUCCAGUGUGCUUGCCCAGUCUAGCAUCACAGCGCGACGCGGGCUUCCUAGGCCGCAAAUUGGUAGUCGCCGGAUGGGGUCGCACCGAGACCAACUUCACGUCCAACAGAAAGUUGAAGGCAGAAGUGGAUCCAGUACCGCUGAGUGACUGCAACAAACGGUAUGCUGGCCAGCGGCGCACCGUGACAUCCAAUCAGAUUUGCGCUGGCGGCGUUGAGGGGGUCGAUUCAUGCCGCGGAGAUUCCGGAGGUCCCCUCUUGUUGGAAGAUUACAACGAGGGAUAUUCCAACGUUUACUUAGCCGGCGUAGUCUCCUAUGGACCAACACCAUGUGGUAUGAGGGGAUGGCCAGGUGUAUACACAAGAGUGGCGGCUUAUCUGGACUUCAUCGAGAAUAACGUCCGACCAUAGACUGGAAAAUACGAGUGUGCUGCACUAAAAGACUACCUACAAAAUGGUGUCAAUUUUGAAAUCAUGUUGAAUUUAGCCAGGUAGGAGUUGGAUUUUGGACGGAGAUUUCUACAGCAUAUAUCGAUUUUUAUACAAAGAAAUUAUACAAUAAAUAAAAUGUAACUUUUGUAAAUGUAA